AGUUUUUGAAGUUUCUCUUAUUCCCCUCUUAUUGCUUUAUCUUCCCUCUGGCUCUAAGCUUGCAAUAAAGCUCUCAGGUAGGCGAUCAAACUCCAUUGGUACUCCAAAAAAUAAAAAAAUGACUGGGAGAACAUUUGUGACGAUAUUUUUCUUCUGGGCUGCUCUCACCGUCAUCACCCCUACUCUUGUUCUCUGGUCGGAAUCCUCCAAACCAGACAUGGAAUUGAAUGGUGAGAAGAGUGAAAGAUUAAAGGAUAGGAAAUUGAUUGGAUAUCCAGAGGCAUACUCAAGAAAUGCAACAGUGUCUUCCAAUCAACUGGAGACAGCAACACCAGCACCAGCACCGGCACCGGCACCAGCGCCAGCAACAGAACUAGACUUAGCUCUGAUGACUAGAAAGCCUGCUGAACAAAGUCUUCUGGAAAGCAACAACACUAGCAAUCCGCCUCUGUUAGAACCAACACAAAUUAGCUAGCAAGUGAAAAUGCCCAGACGUCUCGGUCUACAAUCAAAAUUUUCUUGAAAUUCCAAGCAACCCUUUUGAUGCAAGUCCUCAAAUUCAUCAGGUUUGAUUCGUUCCAUUCAUUUACUGAAAGAAAAUUAUACAUGUAUAAUGAAGAUUGGAGCAAAUGCUUGUAGAUAUUUCAUCGAUGUAUACAGAUUACAGAAAAUUCCUGCAUUUAAUUUAAGAAAUUGUUAAUGUUUUC